GCCAGAGCUUGAGAGAACUUAAUGGAGAGUAUUAUGAAGGCAUAGCUGAAUAAUUGGAUGAUGGAAAGCUGUGCAUGCAUGCAUGUAGCAGAGAUAGUGGUGUGGGUCCAUUAAUGGCAAAAUAUUUCUACAGAAAAAGCCAAAGUUGGUGAGGGCUAGCUUUUUACAAACAAAGCGUGUGGGGUCCAUUAAUCCCACCAUGGGGAAUACCAGAAUUGACAUUGUUGCUAUCCUCAAUCAUCAAACUUCUGUUGCUUAUUUUGACCCUUUACCAUUCAUUCCCUUUUGUUAGAACAGGAGAAAGAGGAGCAUCCUUAAUCUGAAGUGGAAAAUUUUCUCAUUUCCGGAUCAGCAGACUUAUAAGGUUUAAGCAACAAAUUUCGAAAUCUAAAUCAACCAUCUGAAAAACACACUUGCAUGGAACAAGUUAACCAAAGGAGUCAAAAUCAUGAUUCUACCAGAUUACAAGAAUGGGAUCCAAAAGCUAUACUGAAAAGUAUGUCUUUUCUUGAACAAAAGAUUCAUCAACUGAAGGAGCUGGUGCAUUUAAUUGUUGACCACAAAAGUCUAGCUAAGAUUCAGGGAAGUGACCUUUCAAUUCAGCAACAACAGCUAAUAACAGCUGAUCUUACCUCUAUUAUUGUUCAAUUGAUAUCAACUGCAGGAAGCCUUCUUCCAACCGUGAAGCAUCAUCAUUCACGUUCCUCCGCUAACCCAACUACGAAGCAACUCGGGCAGUUUGGUAGUGUCGUAGUUCCUUCUGAAACAGAUUGUGGCAUUGAACAAAAUUAUGCUGUUGAUGAACAUGAGGCGAAGGAUGAAGAUGAAUCCCAUGAGGAAGAGAACCUUCCUCCUGGUUCCUACGAGAUUCUGCAGCUGGAGAAAGAGGAAAUUCUUGCACCUCAUGCUCACUUUUGCACAAUUUGUGGGAAGGGAUUUAAGAGAGAUGCCAACUUGCGGAUGCACAUGAGGGGUCAUGGGGAUGAGUACAAAACUCCAGCUGCUCUUGCAAAGCCUCAAAAGGAACCUAGCUCUGGGACGACGCUUAUUAAAAGGUAUUCCUGUCCUUGUGUUGGUUGCAAGCGCAACAAAGAGCAUAAAAAGUUUCAGCCACUAAAGACUAUCUUAUGUGUGAAAAACCAUUACCGAAGAACCCACUGUGAGAAAAGAUAUGCUUGUAGGACGUGCAAUGUGAAGAAAUUUUCAGUUAUUGCAGAUCUUAGAACACAUGAGAAGCAUUGUGGUAAAGAUAAAUGGCUUUGUUCUUGUGGGACAACAUUUUCCAGGAAAGAUAAGCUUUUCGGACACAUUUCCCUUUUCCAAGGACACACACCUGCAAUUCCUGUAGAUGAAACCAGAGGUUUUGCUGGGACAUCUGAUCAAGGCCAAACCGCUGAAGCAACUGUAGAGGCUGGAAAAAUAGGUUUUGAGGCAAAUGUUCAGAAUGGCAGUGGGCUUCAAACAAAUACUAUGAAUGUAAAAGGGGCUGCAGAUAAUCCUGGCAGUUAUUUCUCACCUUUGAACUCUGAAAUUAGCAAGCUUAGCGAACUCCAGGAGUUUCUCCGACCACCAUUUGAGGACCAGGAAAACUCAUUAUUUUUUCUGCUGUAGGGUUCAUGUAAUUACCCUCAGAAGGCUGGGAAAAUAUGGGUUUUAUAGAACUGGAAUAGCUCAAGUGAAUUUGUCUUUGAUUUGAUAUAGCAGUCUGUUUUCUUGCUAUGUUAGUUCUUGGGAAUAAAUGAUGUUUUCUCUUAGUA